AUGGGAGAAAGGACAGAGAGGCAAAGGCAGGAGAAAUACCCGAGAUUGACGGACUGGGGCUCACAUGCGGGUGCAUCCCACGAUGCGAGUCCCAGCCCUGUCAGCAGCAGAAGGAGCGGGUGUCCUGUGAAGAUCAUUCUAAAAGCACAACAGGCAAUCCUGAAAGAGAUAAGAAAGAGUCACAAAGAAGCUGUUUGCAUUGAAUUUGGAGAGCAUAAAGAGACGGACUCGUGUUGUAGGACUCACGAUCACUGUGAACAUGUCAUCCAUCCCUUUACUUUCAGUUAUGGCUACAAGAACUACCUCUGGCAUACCAUCAGUCAUUGCGAGUGUGACAAUAGAUUUAAAGAUUGCCUUCGAAAGGUGAACAAUACAGCUUCCCGGGUUGUGGGACAGGCUUUCUUUAAUGUCAUCCAGGUGAAAUGCUUUGAGUUUGCGUAUGAGGAGCAAUGUGUGGAGAGGCACUGGUAUGGUUGGUGUAAAAAAUACAGAAAUGAAACAGUUGCUGUCCCCAGAGAGUCUGGACUCUAUGAUUAUGGAGGAAAUACUAUAAAUGAUCCUUUAAAGCCAAAAGAGGAAGAUUCUGGUCAUCUGCCAUCUUUAGAGCUACCACCAGGACAACCAACUCUCGGACAAGUCAUGCAAGCCACUGAGGAUCUCCUAAAGAUCAUGAUGACGAUCAGUCCAACCACUUCUCCGGAUCAGACCACAACAGAGAAAACUACAAAGAAGAAAGACAAAACAAAGCAGAAACAGAGGAAGCACAAAAAAGGAAAAGGUCUUAAAGGUAAAAGAAAGAAUGGUCUCAAUAAAGUAAACAACAAAUCUUCCUCGAAAGACAUCUGGCGUGAAGAAAUUAUCAAAAACGAGAGGGGAUCAGUGACCAUCACCCCACUGGACUCCAUACUGGAUAUAGGACACAGACAGGAUCCAUUUAAUGAUAUUCUUAAUGAUGAACCUAUGAGGAAUGUAGAUUCUAGAACUACAACCAUUGCCCCUACCAUCAAGCUGGAAGCAUUCAAAGAUACGACAACAUCACUUCCACAAGAAUCAAAACCUUGCCUUAAAAAGCCUAGAAGGAAAAACAGGAAGGAAGGAAAGGAUAGAGGAGAAAGAAGGAAGAAACCCAAAACUGUACCCUGCAUCCCAGCAGACAUAUAAGUGAACAAGGAUCUGCAAUGUAUUUCUCUUUUCUGUCUCUGUUCUUUGUAAUGGAGUUAAAGGUGUUCGGGCAUAUAACAUUGAUGACCUUACCACAGGAUAGCCCAUAAAUGUCUGAUCAGCAGGGUGCCGAUACUCCUGCCGAUCAGCUGUCCAGCAGUGUCUGUGGUUAGGCCAUCAAUGUUAAAUAAGCACUGUCAGAUUCAAAAACUUUUUAUAUUUUGUACAUCUUGGCAAAACAUUAACCUUUCUAAUAUG